AUCCGUCAUCUCAACAUCCUCAACGUCCUCAUUUUCACCUCUCCGUUUCUUCGUAUAUUAAUGUUGAAGCAUCCACUUGGUUCUCUAGUAAGGCCAUCCACCGACGUGAGACUUUCACGUUCUUUAUGUAACAAUGCCGUCAUUGUGCUGUGUACUCUGAAGUGUUUCUCUACUUUCCUCUCCACCGAGCUCUGAAGGAGGCUAGAAAGGCAUUUCCAAUCCUCCGCCAGCAAUCGGCGCCAUUAAAACCAACAUGAAACGUGAUUUUGGACAGACCCGUUGUUGGAAGUAACAUACUUGCAAAUUGAUCGGACUUGGACUUCUUCUAGAGCUCAAUCCUCGCAGUUCAGCUUAACCAAUAUCGUCGAAGACCACCAAACACCCCUCCGCUAUUGCCGGCGGUGCCGGGGCAAUAACCUUUUGUAACUUUUUCCAUCCAAGUGACAGAUUGGUGAUCGAGAGGCAAUGUCUAUCCCAUUUGAUGAAGAUGAACAGACCAAAUUAGCUUGGGAGAGUGGACCGUUGAGAGGAGAAAAAUCAUCAUCCUAUCAUUACCCCAGAAUACGUGUCCAUCAAGGGUUCACUCCAACCCUCUCCACCACUCUGUCUCCUAGGUUGACUUGUCCCUUGCUGUUUCUAGGUCUACUUGGCAGGAUGCGGGUUCAUCUAUGGUCUUCGCUCUUUGUUCUGUUAUUUGUUUCUCUGUCCUACUCGCAAGAUUCUAGUACGGUACCUGUUCGAAUACCUCUCGCCAUCCGUUCGCCUUAUUACAAUGCCUGGGUCGACAGUACAGCUUCGGGUCACACAUGGCCAUUCUUCUGGGCUGGCGGCACUCUGGGCUGGCAGGGCUUGAUUAGGGUCGACAAACAGGUUUAUCAAUGGCUCGGAUUCUCAGGCCUGAACCCGCCAGUGGCAAAUCUCACCAAUACACAGCUGACACCAACUCAAACUGUGAUUUCUAUGCAAGCUGGACCUAUGGAUAUCAAUGCCACUUUCCUCUCGCCAAUUGAGACUGCAGAUGCUCUCAAACAGUCAAUACCGCUCUCGUAUCUUUCGCUUGAAGCGAAGUCCAGGGACGGAGUGCCGCAUAGUGUGCAAGUAUAUUGCGAUAUCAGUGGAGAGUUUGUUACUCCAGACACAAAUGCUAUAUUGACGUGGUCCUCCAGCACAACUGGCAGCUCGUCGUUCCACCAAAUCCAGUUGCAAAUUAAUCAAUCACUGGUGGACACUAACAAUCGCGCUCAUGAUCUGACAAUGGUUAUCGCCACACAAUCUAACCCCGAAGUGUCCAGUAGAAUCGCCAACGAUACGGAGUGUCGCGGGCAAUUCUCUGAUGAUGGGAUUUUGGGCGGAACUCCUCCGACGACGUCGGCGAAGAUGGGCAACCCAUAUCCGGUCUUUUCAAUAUCAAGGGAUUUGGGAAACAUCACGCAGACAUCGUCACCGAUGGUGUGGGCAAUCGGUGGUUUUCGAGACCCUGCAAUCUCAUUUACGACGUCGACUGGCAAAGUACAGCAGCGCAGCCCACUUUUUGCCUCGUCGUAUUCUGAUAUAUCAUCGGUUGUCGACGCCUUCGUUGUGGACUUCGCGGAUGCAAAAGCACGUGCAGACAAGCUCGAUAUCCAGAUACUGGAUGCCGCAUCGGAUAUUUCCCCCACAUAUUCGAGUAUAAUCUCUUUCGCGACAAGGCAAGCCAUAGGCGGAACGGAAUUAACCAUAGGCAUGGGAUCAGAUAACAAAUGGAACAUGUCAGACGUGAAGAUGUUCAUGAAGGAUAUGGGUAUGAGCGGACGAGUCAACCCUGUGGAAAAUGUUUAUGCUGCUUUCCCAUUCUUCCUUUACAUCAAUUCUACCUAUGCUGGAUACCUUCUCGCUCCACUUCUAGAAUACCAGGACUCUCCUCAGUACAGUCAGCCUUAUGCUGCCCGAGACAUCGGGCAAAAUUAUCCUAUAGCGACAGGAAGCAAUAUACCUCAUUCUCAAGGCUAUGAACAAUCUAGCAACAUGCUGAUCAUGGCGUUGGCCCAUGCGCGUGCAUCCGGUGAUGGUUCUCUUAUCAGUCAGCAUUACGGCCUGUUGAAGGACUGGGCAGAUUAUCUCACCAGUUUCAACGUCACACCUCCUGACGCUACGACAGUGGACCAGGAAAGGCAAAGCAAUACGACCAAUCUCGCAAUCAAAGGCAUCAUCGGGAUCAAGGCGAUGUCAGAGAUCAGCAAAGCCCUCAAUCAAGUCGAGGACGCCGAUCGUUAUGCAAACUUCGCCUCGGCUUUUGCGAACACUUGGCUGUCAGUCGCUUCCUCCUCGGAUGGCCAGCACCUGCUUGCCAGCUAUGGCAACUCAGCUUCAUGGGCGCAAAUCUAUAAUUCAUACCCCGAUCGGCUGUUGCAAACGGGAGUUGUGGACAACCAAACGUAUGAAGCACAAACGAAGUAUUACCAAAGUUUGUUGUCAGGGACAUCCUCUCAAUUUGGUCUCCCACUUGACUCGAGUACUGAUAUCACAAACACCGCAUGGACUUUCUUCACUGCUGCGACAACCACGGACUCAACAGUUCGCGACAGUUUGAUCAACCCUGUUUGGACACAUGCGACCAAAGACACACGGCCUCUCGUACUCCAAUACAAAGUGGACACAUCUGACCCGUUACCAACGAAUGGUGCUUCCAAUCCGGCCCUAGGUGCUGUUUUUGCCCCCUUGGCCCUCAGCAUUCCAAGUCAGAGCAUCGUAGUUCCCCCGUCGUCAGGUGCUUCUGAUUCUACUUCACCGACCACCCAUUCUAGCAUUGUUGGCCCUGUUGUUGGAGGUGUUGUGGGCGGAGUUGUCCUCAUCGCCUUCAUCGUUGUUGGCGCUCUGUUCUGGCGAAGAAGGCGACGACAGCAAUACGCCAUGUACUCGGAUAAAGUUUACCUGCAUUCCCAACCAAUCGACGAACCCCCUGUCAUCAUUCCUUACACAGACCUUACCUUGUCAUCGACACAAUUGCCAUCCUCGGAUAAUGGGGAAACUCAAGAUUCGCCUCUAGGAACCAUGGCUAGACCGUCUAAGGCGCAGGAGGCGGGGUUAACAAGCGCCGCUUAUAAACCUUCGCCUCCAGCCAGUUCUUCAUAUAGCGCUGCUCCCUCCUCCAGUAGGGAGCCUCCCACAGAAGUUACAUCUCCUACUACGAACGUUUCUAACUCGGAUGUAUUGGGUUUGCGCGUAGAGGUGGAAAAUCUCCGAAGAGUCAUGCAAGAAAUUCAAGCGGAUAGGAUAGAGGCCCCGCCAAGCUAUGCUGACUGAGUACUUGUCUUUUUCUUUCCCUCCGAGCUUAUUUGUUUGUGUUUUUCGGUUUGGAAUAUUUGAAUCCUGUAGUAUCAUACGCAUCCCUACUUGUAACGACUCGGACUCUGUUUUCCCCCUCAUUUUGACAUGUGUUAUUUACCGAUACAUUAAUCGUGGUCAGAUAUACAGGGCUUUUGCCUUUGAAUGUUUCAACAGCGUUUCAGCUCAAGCAAAUGUUGCACAACGUUCUUUCGGAAUUCAACGGAACUUCCUACAUGUCCCCUCGCAUCUAUGGUGGCAUGCCCAUCAAUACGUACAGUGGCAUGUAUGGAAAUGCCCCACCAAGUCUACAGAUGGACGUUUCAAAGGGUAAAGGCAAAGCUCGGGAGACCGGCUCUGAGGCGGCCUUUGCUCAAGUGACACAGUGGCUCUGUGACAGACCUUUCUGAAGCGAUGCAGAGCGCGUCCAUGCAGUAUUUAGAUUCAGCUAGCGCACCCUUCGGGUCCGAUUUCAAGAAGUCUACAUUUUAUUUCAUGGUUC